AUGGCGGAUGAACUUACGGCGCCGCCUGUACUCUCUACGCCCGACACACAUAUCCUAGAUGAGCCUCUUCCGGAAUCUGCACGGCGUCCACUAGAGAAUUUGUCCGACGAGCAAUUCAAGACAAGGUACGAGAUUAAAAGGACGAUCAACGAAAUCAAGCAGCGAAGAUGGAGGCGUGUGGCACUGCAAUUUCCUGACCAGAUGCUCCCCCAUUCAGCAAGAGUCUACCAACUUUUGGCCAGGGGACUGCAAGAACAGGCAAGGACACCAGCUGGAAUGCACACAAAUGGCACAAGCAAUGGAACUCCAACUCCAGAGGAUCCCGAUUUGUCUGGACUUUCUAUCAACACGAAAUCGGUCAUGCUCACUAUACUGGGCGAUACCUCCUAUGGCUCCUGCUGUGUGGAUGAGAUUGCUGCUGAGCAUGUCGACGCAGACGCCGUCGUCCACUAUGGCAGGGCUUGUUUAUCGCCAACUGCAAGAUUACCUGUAUUGCACAUCUUCACUACGAUGGAUCUAGAAGCGGACGAUGUGGUCACGUCUUUCCAGACAGCGUUUCCGGAUCAGGAGGCAAAGGUGGCUUUAACAGCUGACGUCCCUUACGCUGCGCAUGUACAGCCACUCUUCGAAAAGCUACAAAAAGCGGGUUACUCGAACUUAUUUGCUGCUUCAAUUGUCCACGAUCCGUCUUCAUUAAUCCCGAAUCGGACAGUUCCACCUUCGGUGAUAGAAAACCCUUCAUCCUUGUCAGAAUGGAGUCUCUUCCAUAUCUCCGACCCACCUACGUCCCUGCUCUUGACACUCCAAUCCCGUAUGGCCAGCAUAAGAGUCUAUCCCACCAACACCAUACACUCCCCUUCGAAUUUUACAGCUAGCUCUUCCGCUGUGGAGACGUCAACGGCUCAACUUCUCCGCCGCCGCUACGCCCUCGUGACCUCCCUUACCACCGUCCCGACUUGGGGGAUCCUAGUCAACACGCUGUCUGUCAAGAAUUACCUGUCCGUUCUGUCCCACAUUCAAUCCCUCAUCUCCAACGCGGGCAAAAAGUCGUACCUCUUUGUUGUCGGCAAACUUAAUCCCUCAAAACUCGCAAAUUUCUCCGAGAUCGGAGGGUGGGUGGUGAUUGGGUGCUGGGAGAGUUCGCUGGUGGACAGUAAGGAGUUUUAUAGACCGAUUAUUACGCCAUUCGAGUUGGAGAUGGUUUUGAAGGGGGAUGAGCAGAGGGUAUGGACUGGGCAGUGGAGGGGUGACUUCCAGGGGGUGUUGGAGGAUGUAGAGAGGCGGAAGGAGAAUGAAGAUGGACAGGCUGAAACUUCGAAUGGAUAUGCCGAUGCAAACGAGAACCGCGAAGGCGAGCUUGACCCGGAUUCCGAAUCAGAGUCCGAGCCGCCCGAGUUCGACCUUCGAACGGGCAGAUAUGUCUCCCGCACACGGCCGAUGCAGAGAUCUCGACGGCCAAUUUCGUCCAUGUCUAACCCGGACUCCAAUUCCAACGCUUUGCGGCCUUCGACUGCACUGACCAAACGAUCGAGCGGCGCCAUGAUUACUGUGGGCGGUGUCGCCUCCCCGGCCGCUGAAUAUCUCGCGCAGAAACGUACUUGGCGCGGCUUGGGCAGCGAUUUUGAGGUCAAAUACGAGGAAGAUGAGGCAGAGGCGGGCAGCGUCAUUGAGGAAGGAAGGACGGGUGUUGCGAGAGGGUACACGGUUGGAGAAGAGUCUGGGAAAACUUGA